GCGCUGGCCAGACGCGAGCAGCCGCGGUGCGAAGCGUACCCGCCGCGGGGGGCUGCGGCCGGCAGCCUUGGGAGGGGGGGCUCCUCCGCAUAAAGCCACCCGCCCCGGCAUCGAAGCCGAGACGCUGGGAAGCGGCCCUGCCUUCAAGCCCGGCAGCGAUGCUGCCCGGUACCCGGCUCCGCAGCCUCCUAACCGUGCGGUUUUGGGUGGAAGCGCUAGAGCUGGGCUGGCUUGCUGGCUGGGAGGUCGCAGCGAGCAGCUGUUCCCGUGUUCCGCUCCUGCGUCGGGUUUUCCCGUGGCCUGCGGUGUUGUGACAGGCGCUGACCCUGCCCUGUUUUCGUUCUGUUGUCUUGCAGCUAAUCUUGAAGGUUGUAUGCAAAAUGUAUUUAUGAAAGGCAAGAAAAGAGGACUGAUGCAGUAACCACAUUAGAUAUAUGUUUGAUGAAUUAAGUCAUCAUAACAAUGAGCAGCACUGUGGCUAGCCCGAUGUCAACAGUUGCCUCUUCAAGCAGUGGAAGGAAAUCAACAAGCUUUACACCUGAAUUGCAAAGUAUGAUGUUUUCCUUAGGAGAUGCUCGCAGGCCACUCCAUGAAACUGCAAUACUGGUGGAAGACAUCGUCCACACUCAACUGAUAAAUUUGUUGCAGCAAGCAGCUGAAGUUUCUCAGCUGAGAGGAGCUCGAGUCAUCUCUGCUGAAGAUCUCCUGUUCUUAAUGCGCAAAGAUAAGAAGAAGCUUAGAAGGCUACUUAAAUACAUGUUUUUUCGAGACUACAAAUCUAAAAUUGUUAAAGGAAUAGAAGAAGAUGACCUCCUUGAAGACAAAUUCAACAGUAAUAACACGAACAAACGGCAGAAGCUUGCUCAGGACUUUCUCAACUCCAUUGACCAGACUGGAGAGCUCUUAGCCAUGUUUGAAGAUGAUGAGAUUGAUGAUGUCAAGCAAGAACGGAUGGAGAGAGCAGAAAGACAAACACGAAUGAUGGACUCCGUCCAGUAUGCAGAAUUUUGUGAAAGUCGGCAGUUGAGUUUUUCAAAGAAAGCAUCCAAGUUUCGUGACUGGUUGGACUGUAGCAGUAUGGAAAUAAAGCCAAAUGCAGUUGCAAUGGAGAUUUUGGCCUAUUUAGCGUAUGAGACUGUGGCACAGUUGGUGGACUUGGCCCUUUUGGUUAAGCAGGACAUGGCUCCCAAAGCUGGUGACCCAUUCAGUCAUGCCAUAUCUGCCACCUUCAUACAGUAUCACAACUCUACUGAGCCACAUCUCUUAGGGCAAUCUACAAGUGUGAAGACCAGCCUUGACUCUCCUGAAAACACACCACCUCCUACACCCACACCCCCAGCAUCAGCAGGACAGCAACAUCUUGGGAAAACCCCGUCAGGAGCCCUGGGGAAUGGUGGAAUUGGACAGGACUCUACCAAAUCCAAACAAAGGAAAAGAAAAAAGAGCACUGCAGCCUGUGGUAUAGAGGCUCAAAGCGAUGCCAUCCAGCCCAGCCACAUCAGAGAGGCCAUUCGACGCUAUGGCCACAAGAUUGGCCCCCUUUCCCCAUUCACAAGUGCCUACCGCAGGAACGGGAUGACUUUUCUCGCCUGCUAAUAUGGAUGUGGCUGCAGCAACAGGAAAGACAGUGUUAUAUUAAGGUGAUUUUCUUUUCCCCUCCGUGGAAGGAAAAAAAAAUACAAGCUCCGAUGUCUCCGUGUACCAGUGAGUGGGCUGGUUUGUUGUGACUAUCUGCUGGCUGACUCUGUCUCUUUUUCCAGCCCCCUCAAUCGUUAUUCUUGUUUACUAGCUGGAACAUUUAGCUAAUUAAUGGCAGGAUGUUUGGGAUAGCGUGUAGGUGGACAAGAAUACAGAUCAGACAAUGCUGAAGUUUGCAGGGGACUUGCUGCUGUCAGCCUCUUUCUGAAAUAGGAUGUCAUUUUUAUUUAAGUGUUUGGAAGUCUGUAUGUUCUCCUAGAGAUGUUUUUUUGUAAAGCAGGAUGGGGCAGAAAGAGGCCAGAGAUAGACUGGGUUAUAUAGGUUAUAUAAAGGUUAUAUAGGUUCUCCUUGUGAUUUUUACAAAAAGAAAAACUGUUUUCCACUAUUUUCCACUAAUUUCUCUCAACUAAUUUUUAAGUGUUCAGACAGCGUAACCCGGUUUAACCCAGUGAGCGGCUUCUUGAUGAGAGUAAUAGCGAGUUCAGAUCCAAAGAUAUUCAGAAAAAAGUUCAGGUAAACUGUACUUUACCAGUUAGAGGCUUGUCUUUUUGCAGACCCAAGGAUAGACUAAGUGGUCAGUCCCAAGUUCUCCAUAUUUACAUCUCCUAAGGCUCAAGCCAUCACUCUCUGAAAUCAAGGAAAGCCUUUGCAGUGAUUUGGCACUGGAUUGGGCCCCUGUUUAGAAAAACACAUCCUAAAGUAUUGAAAUAACUGUGUCUGUCCCAGUGGUUCUAGGCAAAGGCUUAACGUUAUGUACUUGCUCAGCGUUUGCUGCAGGAAGCAGAUGUUGUCUCUGUUGUUGACAAAGGCAGCGUUACUGUUGGAUUUGGUUAAAGAAGAAACGGGCUCUUUUUUGCCUUUUUUAUAUUUUAGUUCACGUUGUUUGUUUUCAGAUUUAUUUUUUAAAUCUCAGUCCCUCCCUCUAUGCUUCUUCCCGUCCCCUGCUCCUCCAGCCUUUGCUGGCCUCACAAACACAUUCAUUUCUUCCCAUAAAAACUGUACAAAUAUAGAGCUAACCACGAUGAUGCUUGACCAGAGAAAAGGGCUCGUGCUUCAGCCCGUCAUCGGGAUCUACAGGCAUGUACUGCUUGUGUCCCUGCGGUACCCCUCUGGCCCCGGGGUCUGCUUCAGCCGCUCUUAGCCGAGGCUUGAAAUCUAACUUAAACCUCAAAUUAAGACAGAGCACUCAAGGGAUCGAGAGGAGAUCAGCAAAAUAUUACUUUUCUCCAGUGCAGCCGUCCUCCUCUUUUGUGCUUAGUAUGUGAGGUCUUAAUUUUUACUCCCACUGUAUGCUCUUGUGGUCAUUUGUAAGUGGUUUUGUUGCCCUGCUUUCCUGGACCUGCUUGCAAAAACUUUUAGAAAAAAAUAUAUAUUUUAAAUAAACAGAAGAAUGUCUCUUCUCUUCGCAACCAAAAUAUCGUGAAAGUGAACUUUGUACAUCAAAUAUUACUGCUGUUCAUAAAUAGCUUUUUUCUUUCACCUGCUUACGCUUCUGUUUUCUGGAAUUAUUCUGUGUGUAAAGGACUAAAAGUAAUGUGUACAAUGCAGUGUAUUAAACGAGGGGGGGAAGUUUUCUGAUGUUCCAUCUGUGCUUCUUGAAAUAUAUGAUUAAACUUUUCUUUUUAUCAUCA